CCUCAUAUAAUUGUUAUGACAUUUUUGUCUCAUCACAAAGCACAAAAUGUGGACCCUCUGGUUGUGCUAAUCUUUGCUUAUAUUACAGAGAAAGACAAGGCAAUUGGUUGCUAUGACAACAGUGAUGUUAGCGAGGUCACGUCAACUCCGCUCGCUUUGGACUUUGCCGACUGUAUCGCCUCUUGCCGUGACGCUGGGUACCGCUACACGGGUCUGCGAAAUGACAUCGGAGAGUGCGCUUGCGGGAACAGCAUGGCCAAUCAGGAGACCUCAAAUGAUCAGUGUGCACAGACAUGCGGUCAGAAUAAUGAACCAUGCGGUGGUAUCAGCAAACAGGCAGUGUAUUUCUCAGGAUGUGCGCUACCCUUUGAAGUCAACACAACAAUGAUGACAGGAACACUCAUGCAUAACAAUGAUGAUUCUGAUGACUAUGGGCUGUGGUUCUACGCCCUGGGUGAUACGCCUUCCGUAGACUUGGGAAACUUCACCAAUGAAGGAGAACAGCAUGACUUUCAAGUUGACAUUGACCUCGGAAGACCAAGGACGAUCUCAAAGCUGGAAACCAAGGGUCUGUACAUGAGCAAAGCAGACACCUGGACGGGGGCCUCAUCUUUUAGCCUUGGAUACCGUCUUAGAGCUGAUCAUGAUCUAGAGGUCCUCACACAGCCUGGUAGUACAGAAGCAGUGGUGUUUGAAAUGUCUGACUUCAGUUCAGUAACGGAGCAUGAUCUUGGUGAUUUCUUGAUGGCCAGAUUUAUUUACAUCUACGUCAAAUCAUACACAGACUUCCCAGCAUUAAAACUUGAAGUGUAUGGAUGUGCCGACUAGUCACGAAGGAUUCCAUUUCAGAGAAAUAUAUAUGAUGCAUUUCAAUAUAAAUGUACAGUAUUACAGUGCAUUCCAGAAAGAUUGGAACUGUUUCAUCCAGAAGAUUGGAGAGAUCAAUGUAAAGUUCCAUUUUUCUUUAUUAAUAUGACGUAAAAGGGUGAUGCAUAUUUCAGCCUUUGAACAUUCAAUUUCAGUGUCAAGCUACACAUAUUGGUCAACAAUUUUUAGGAUAUCACUUUCUUGCAGGAGAGAUAUGGCUCAUGAGCAUCACUUUAUGUUGUUUUACAUCCCUUACUGAGAAUUUGUUGCUAUUUGAUUGAUAGAGAGCCCUUCACAUGACUAAUCAUAAUUUCACCAGGAAAAUGAAAUUCAUUGGAGAUAAAAAUAGUUCAUGACAUUAGAGUAGAAUAGUGUUUUUUAACUAUUUAGCGUCGACUGAAAACCAUGCAAUCACUCGGGCACAGCAGCGCAUGACGGGUUGCCUCCACCGGGCAAGUAUAGUGAUGCGACGGCGCAGACACUUUAUCAGGGGUCCGCUGAGUGCAGCUCAAUCAGCCAAGGUAAAAAUGCAACGCUAGAUGAAUCACUAACUCUCUGAUUACUAAAUGUCAAUGUGAAAUCGUGUCUUGCUUGAUUAUAAUGAAUCUGUAUGCUGAAAAAUAAAAUUAAUGAUGGCCAUCAAUCAUUCAAUCAUUCAAAAUUCUGGCGGCUUGAUUUUAGUUCAGCAAGGUUUGUUCACAAACGGUAAGUGGAAUUAUUAGAAGAUCAAUCUAUCACAGUACCGCUGCGCAACACCAUACCACCCUGAGUGAUGCUUGGGAGCCGGCAUUAGCAACGUGCAGUCUAUUCAGGAACCGGCUAGCUUAGAAUGAUAAGCCAAUUUUGCAUAAAUUAGAGCCUAGUCCCGAUCAUGAAGAUGGGUCAAUUAGGACUAGGUAACCAAUAUUUUUCGUUCAUACUUUGAUAUGGAAGGGAUAUGAAACAAAUAUACCAGGAGUUUCUUUCGAAAGUAUAGUGGAAGUAAUUGCCGAACCAACCUCGGAUAAAAUAUUUCCACUAUACCUUCUCAAUACAUGUAUAUUUGCGUAAUAUUUUGUUCACUAUAUCUCUGAAUAAAGAUUUACACAUGAAUUUCUGCUCAAGUCUUUGCUGACAGGCCUCAUAUUUUAUUGACCAUAGUAUUCAAUAAUCUCAAAUGCGCAAAAGAGAUAUAUUAAUUAAUCUAUUUACAUUUACAAUUUACAUCUGGUGUUAAAUUUUGAAUCCACAAAUCAACACAUUUUUGGUGAUUGUGAUAUGUUCUCUGAAAACAGGUUAACUUUCUUUCUGAGAUGCACUGCAUAUACUAUUAACAGCCUAACAAAUGUUAAGAUUGUGUAUUAAAAAAAAAGUUGUAUAUUUUAUCAAUAAAUUUUAAUGUAUAAUUUUGCCAAAUAUAUGUUCACAUUAAAUAGUCCCAUCAAAACAGUCAUAAAAGUUGGGGGAAAAUAUGCAGCAAAGAAAACUUUAUCCAGAAUGCAAGUUUAUAAGAAUGCUUAGCUUUAAUUUCAAUAUCAAUGCAAAUAAUAUUUAAGAUAUUGAUAUUAGAUUUUAUUUCAAUGCUGGGGAGCAUUUCAUGUCAGAUGUUGUAUCUGACAAGUCCUGUUUUAUCUGACAGUUACCAUGGUAACAUUGCCUCUCAGCCAAUCAAAAUCAGGGAAAGUUGUCAGAUCUGACAAGAUGUCGGACAAAAAUGUUGAUGAAACGCUCCCCAGAAUUUGUAUUUACAAGUCUCAACUACAUGUAUAUGAUCAAAGCCCUGUAACAUAAAUAAAAAUGAUUGAUUAUGGGGCAGAUUUAUUAAUUGAUCAAACAGAAGAAACAAUACAAUCAAUCAUAGGUUUCACACCCACAAUGGGUGAUUUCAAGUUCGGUGUUGGUGUUGAGAGCGUAAAAAGGCCGCUUAACCGAGCUCCAACACCGAGCUGGGUUCAGAGGAAUGAUACCGAUUGCGUUAUCGAUAGCACAUGACGUCACGCCUCUGCGCUGCGCUGCUAAAUCAUCUCAACUUCACGCGAGAAGUCUCAACGACGAAAAUGAAAUCGGAGAGAAAUGCAUUAAAUUCUCAUCGUACAGAAUACCAAUGUUUUAAUUAAUUAAAGAAUUCGAAAGAGUGAACAUUAUUCUUCAUCAAAAUAUAUACAGCUCAAAUGAUUUGUUCUCAUCUUAACUGUAAAAGCUAAUUUUACGGGGAUGUUUCAUCGUGUUCGCCGCCUAUUCACGAGCUUGAGAUUGCCAACACCAACACCGAACUUGAAAUCACGAUUUUCCCAAUCCCUUGGGGUUGGUGUUGGUGAAUGGGGAAAUUGCACGUAUAUCGUCAACACCAGCCGCAGUGCUGGGUUCAGCAGACGACAUUCAACACCAGCAUUCAACACGAACUGCCGGAAAUACGUCAUAUUUUCCGAGGUCAAUCUCAACACCAGCCUGAUUUCAAGUACCGUGUUGUGGCUGGUGUUGGUGUUGUCACAACACCAACACCAGAUUUCAACACCGUACUUGAAAUCACCCAAUGAAUUGCUAAGCUUUAUGUUAUGAGGCCCUGAUAUUGUAUUUUCUGUGUAAGUCAUUGUCAUAAAUUUACAUGUACUUGUGUAAGUUAAACCAAAGAGUAUGUAUAUUAAUUGGUAAUUUAGAAAUGAAAGCAUGCCUUCACCAUACACACUUACACUGAACUUGCAAAAAAAAAAUGUUUUAAGAUACUUAUUCCAUGCAAAAAAUGAAUAAAAGAUGAAAAUUGGAACACUAAGAUUAAGCUUUCAUAAACAUGAUUUUUGUAUCUAUAAAUAUAUGUCUUGCUUGAAAUUUGUACAUGUUUUAUAGUAUAUAUUUUGUGACAGGAGUGAUCAUGUCAUCACAUGCAAUAAAUAGAAAAAGAGGCGAAUAAUUAAAAAUUAGAA